AUUUCCCGCCAGUUCAUCUCUUAAAUCGAUAUUUACAGAAAGCAAAGUUCCAAAUCCCUAAUUCAGAACUUCGUUCCUCCAAUUCCUCUACUCUUUUUCUCUGCCCAACGGAACAGGAAUUCAAUUACCAGCGGAUGCUCAGAAGUUUUUCGAUAGGUCUCGAUCUUGCAUAGUAACGAGGAUUUGGAGGGGAAAUUUUUCGUGAGGUAGGUGAAAUCUGAAUAUGUAUGGAAGAAAAGCAUGCCAGUUGGUGAAAGAGUUAACAAGCGGCGAGAAAGGACAGCUAACACACUUCAAUAGCGACCUAUUUGAACAGGUUAUUUCAGAAUGCCAGCAGCAUCAUCUUGAGCUUCAGUCCUUGAUUAGGAAAGUACAGGAAGAAGGAUUAGAUCUUCAGACAACUAAGAAUGAAGAUCAUUUUGGUGCACUCAUUCACCACCUUGCAUUAGUUCGCAAUAAACGUUGCCUUAUGGCUUAUGUGCAUAAUCGAGCUGAGAUUAUAAGAAGUUUGAUAUGGAAGAUAGUAGGAUCUAUGAUUCCACCGGAAAUACAAGAGAAGCUCAGCAACUCAGAGGAAGAGUAUUUCAAGAAGCAUUCUGCACGUGUGAAAGAAUAUAUGUCAAAACUAGAGUUGGAUUUGACUGUGGAUAUGGUGCCACCUAAGGAUCCUUAUAUCCAGGUGAGGGUGCUCGAUGAUAUCGGCGAAGGAAUCGUACUGAGUGAUGAUAAAACAGCAAAUUUUGCACUUCAUUCCAUACAUUUUCUUAAACGAACAGAUGCUGAACAAUACAUCUCACGGGGGUUGAUGGAGGAGCUUAGAGGCUGACCGUUUCACUGAAGAUGGAGUUUAGUUGGAGCUGUUUGUUGUAUACUGAGAGCCAAAUGAGAUAAGAGGGGAAAGAAAGUGUGAGCCAUCCCAUUUCUGUAAAUUACUUUUAAAGUGGAGUUUCUUUUCCUUUAUUUAUAUAUAUAUAAUAUGUUACGGGAGGAAAUUGAAUCUCUAAUCUCAAAGUUGAUAGUGAGUUUUAUGUCAGUUGAGUUAUAGUCGUGUUGACACCCAUUCUAAUGGUUUGUUAGUACACCCCAUCUGAAGCGAGUCAAAUAAAAAGCUUGUCCAGAAAUUCAUACU